UGACAAAUUUUACUUUUUGGAACACCUUAAGUUGAUAUUAACUCAAAAGAAACCCUUUAAUCUUUGACAUAUUUUCGUUCAACAUAUUCUCGGUGCAAUCAGUCAAUUCCGACGACGUGUUACCGGAAUCCACCACUAUGGACGACGACGUUUCGAACCCAUCGCGUCGCAUGUCGAGUCGCACACGGAAGGUCGCUCCGAAGAUGGUUGCGGCGCUUGCUAGCACUGACAACCGUACCCAGGCAGCUCUAGCUCGUCUUGAAGCCUUGGAGAAUGAUAAUGCCGGUAUUGAAACAGUUGAAGUUAAUGACGAAGACGAGGAUUCUCUCGACGAAGACGAUCAAGCGUACAUGCAAAAGAAACAUUCCAAGACCAUGAAGCGCAAAACACGACAAGCAAAAGCCCUCGAGGCUAGGAAAGCGCCAAGAUCAUUUAUUGAGCUUCUACAUGAGGCCAAUUUGGAAUCUUUGCCUCCCAAUGUUCCCUCGUAUCUAAAGGCCGCUGUAGGACCUCCGAGCUCAACCUCUCGCCGGCAUUACUGUACGGUUUGUGGUUCUGCUGCUAAAUAUACUUGUGUGAGGUGUGGUAUACGCUUUUGUUCAUGUCGUUGCCAGACUAUACAUAAUGAUACUCGUUGUCUUAAGUUUGUUGCCUGAUUGCUCUGUUGAAAAUGGAUGCUUAAACUCUAUGUUAUACAAAUAAUGAAUGUUGGUUCGGAUUUUCCAUAGUCUCUUUCCUGAGAUAAAUGACUUAUCAUAUACUAAUUACUUUAUGGCUUUAAAUUUUGAAGUAAUAACUGAUUAAGGUCUA